UAGCACUGUUUCCAUUAGUUACAAUUGGAAAGCAAGCUUUAUCUGAUUGUGUGUUGGAUGGAAAUCUCGACCUGUGGCUGAAGGCUACUUGAAAUGUAUUCGUUAAACAUGGGGAUGAAAAAGGAUGUGGAAAGCAGGAAGUCUGAAGUGCUACUUCUAAAGGGCUUCCAAGAACUGAGCUGGCCUCACUGCUGUUGAAAUAACAACUUAAACACUGGGAAGACAGGAUAUAUGACAAAAGAAGCUUAAAGGAUGGACAAGCAAGAUAUCUCUGAUCUUCAGUCCCCAAAGUCUUGGAUUGAAGAGGUCUUCAGUAAGAGAGAAUGUGCCAACAUCAUUCCCAGUUCAAAAGACCCUCACAGAUGUUCUGCAGGAUGCCAGAUAUGCCAGAAUUUAAUCAGGUGUUGCUGUGGACGGCUGAUUGGAGAUCACCCAGAGAUAGACUGUAACUGGCCGAUCUAUGAGGCUGCCCUGCAGAAAGGUGAUGAAGAAUGGUCUGUGAAAAAACACACAAAGACGAGUCCAACUGAUGCAUUUGGGACAAUCAAUUUCCAAGAUGGAGAUCAUACUUACCAUGCCAAGUAUAUUAGACUCUCUUAUGACAGCAAUUUGGACCAGCUGUUGCACCUGAUGGUUAAAGAAUGGCAGAUGGAAUUGCCAAAGCUAGUGAUAUCUGUUCAUGGAGGCAUUCAAAAUUUCAAGCUUCCCUCGAAGGUCAAACAGGUUUUCAGCAAAGGAUUGGUCAAGGCUGCUGAGACUACGGGAGCAUGGAUACUUACAGAAGGCAUCAAUAGCGGAGUGUCUAGGCAUGUGGGGGAUGCCCUGAAAGGCCGUGCCUCCCCGUACCUGCAGAAGAUCUGUGCCGUUGGGAUCCCUCCCUGGGGCAUCAUCGAGAACCAGAGGGACCUCAUUGGAAAAGAUGUAGUUUGCCUGUACCAGACUCUUGGUAAUCCACUCAGCAAGCUGAGUCCCCUCAACAGCAUGCAUUCUCAUUUCCUAAUGGCAGAUGAUGGGACAGUAGGCAAGUAUGGGAAUGAAAUGACGCUCAGGAGGAAUUUGGAGAAGUACAUAUCACUUCAAAAAAUACACACAAGAAUGGGCCAAGGUGUACCUGUAGUUGGGUUGGUGGUGGAAGGAGGCCCCAAUGUGAUCCUAACGGUGUGGGAGUACGUGAGGGCCAGUCCAGCUGUCCCCGUGGUGGUCUGUGAGGGCACUGGCAGAGCUGCAGAUAUCCUGGCUUUUACCCACAAACACACGGGUGAUACGGGGGAGCUGCGCCCUCAAGUGAAGGAGGAGGUUUUAGUAAUGAUCCAAAACACCUUUAAUUUGGGGCAGAAACAGUCCAGCCACUUAUGUCACAUUUUGAUGGAGUGCAUGGAGCGCAGGGAAUCCAUAACCAUAUUUGAUGCGGAGUCUGAGGAACAGCAGGACAUUGAUUUGGCAAUUCUGACUGCACUCCUGAAAGGUACAAAUAUGUCUGCUUCAGAUCAGCUGGAUUUGGCGUUGGCCUGGAACCGGCUGGAUAUUGCCAAGAAACAUAUAUUGGUUUACGGACAACACUGGAAGGUUGGUGCCUUGGAACAAGCAAUGCUGGAUGCUUUAGUGAUGGACCGUGUGGAUUUUGUGAAGCUGUUAAUAGAGCAUGGAGUGAAUAUGCACCGUUUUCUUACCAUAUCUCGAUUGGAAGAGCUUUACAAUACAAAACAAGGACCAUCAAAUCUGCUGCUGCAUCACUUAGUUCGAGAUGUGAAACAGAGUACCCUUCCAUUGGAUUAUAAGAUAUCACUGAUUGAUAUUGGGCUGGUGAUAGAGUACCUCCUUGGUGGAGCUUAUCGGAGCAGCUACACAAGGAAACAUUUCAGAAUCCUGUACAACGAUCUCUACAGAAAACACAAGAGAGUGCUUUCCAGUUUUUCUCAGAGCCUGUCUCAUCAUUCCCUUCAUCACAGUAAUCACAUGGGUAGCAGAAUGGGAUCCGCUGAACAUACUUUGCAUUCUCAGUUCUUCAGAACCGCACAGCCUUACAAAUGCAAGGAAAGAUCCACUGCUUUCCAUAAGUCUAAGAAGAAGUCGAAAGAGUUUAUAAACUUCGCAGAAGACUAUGAGUCAUUUGGCUUUAUUUACCCCUAUAAUGACCUCUUGGUUUGGGCAGUAUUAAUGAAAAGGCAGAAGAUGGCAAUGUUCUUCUGGCAGCAUGGAGAGGAAGCCAUGGUCAAGGCCGUUGUGGCUUGCAAACUCUACCGGGCAAUGGCCCACGAAGCUAAGCAGAGCAACAUGGUGGACGACACUUCAGAGGAGCUUAAAAAGUACUCAAAGGAAUUUGGGCAGCUUGCCUUAGAUGUGCUGGAGAAAGCAUUCAAACAAAAUGAGCAGAUGGCCAUGAAGUUGUUGACCUAUGAACUGAAAAACUGGAGCAACUCAACUUGCUUAAAGCUGGCAGUGUCUGUGGGACUGCGGCCUUUUGUAUCUCAUACCUGCACACAGAUGCUGCUGACUGAUAUGUGGAUGGGACGCCUGAAGAUGCGGAAGAACUCCUGGUUUAAGGUCAUUGUAAGUAUUCUUCUGCCUCCCACCAUCUUGAUGCUGGAGUUUAAAAGCAAAGCAGAAAUGUCUCAUGUGCCUCAGUCUCAAGACUUCCAUCAGUUCACAUGGUACCAUGGGGAUGAGAGCCCAGCCAGCACUAAAGAUGCAUCAUCUCUGAAGGAUUAUGAUGUGGAGAAGGCACCUCAGAAGUCCGAUGAAAGCCACGUGGACAGCGGACAAGGAAGCCUUCCUGGAACUAGAAAAAUCUAUGAAUUCUACAAUGCACCAAUUGUCAAGUUCUGGUUUCACACGAUGGCGUACAUGGCUUUUCUCAUGCUUUUCACAUACACUGUGUUGGUGAAGAUGGAAGCGAGACCUAGUGGGCAAGAGUGGCUUGUUAUUGUUUAUAUUUUCAGCACUGCCAUCGAAAAAGUCAGAGAGGUAUUUAUUUCAGAGCCUGGAAAAUUCAGUCAAAAAGUGAAGGUGUGGAUUUAUGAAUACUGGAAUUUUACUGAUUCUAUAGCUAUCAUUCUGUUUAUGAUUGGGUUUGGCUUGCGCUGGUUCAACCCACCUGUUCGAACGGCAGGGCGGCUGCUUUACUGCUUGGAUAUAAUAUUUUGGUAUGCACGGCUCCUUGAUCUUUUUGCUGUGAAUCAGCAUGCUGGCCCAUACCUGACAAUGAUUGGGAAAAUGACAGCAAACAUGUUCUAUAUUGUGAUCAUGAUGGCCAUAGUCCUGUUGAGUUUUGGAGUGUCACGAAAGGCAAUCCUUUCACCAGAGGAGCCUCCUUCUUGGACUCUGGCACGAGAUAUUGUGUUUCAGCCCUACUGGAUGAUAUUUGGUGAAGUCUAUGCUGGAGAAAUAGAUGUCUGUGAAUCCAGCCAAGACUGUCCUCCUGGCUCCUUCCUUACGCCGUUCCUCCAAGCUGUGUACCUCUUUGUGCAGUACAUCAUCAUGGUCAACUUGCUCAUUGCUUUCUUUAAUAAUGUUUACUUUGACUUGAAAUCCAUAUCGAACAAGCUCUGGAAGUACAAUCGUUACCGCUACAUUAUGACCUACCAUGAGAAGCCAUGGCUGCCUCCACCUUUCAUCCUCCUGAGCCACAUUGGACUCCUCAUCAACUGCAUCUUCCACCAUCGGCCCCCAAAUGAGUUGGAUCAAGAGGAAGGCGAUGUUGGACUAAAGCUGUACCUGAGUGAUGAGGAGUUAAAGAAGCUCCAUGACUUCGAGGAGCAGUGUGUGGAAAAAUAUUUUCAUGAGAAGAAUGAAAGCUUGAGUUCCAGCGACAGUGAAAGGAUCCGUGUGACGACAGAAAGAGUGGAGGAGAUGUUUUUGCAGCUAAAAGAAGUACAUGAGAAGGUAUUUUAUAUCAAGGAAUCUUUAAUUUCCCUGGACAGCCAGCUAGGACAUUUGCAAGACCUGUCUGCCUUGACUGUGGACAUCCUGAAAGUGAUUUCGGCUGUAGACACCUUGCAGGUGGAAGAAGCCUUGCUGGCUGACAGAAAACAUCGAGCCUGUAGGAAGCUCCCCCAUAGCUGGAGCAAUGCGCUGUAUUCCAAGACUCUGAGCAGUCUGGAGGGUUUGCAUGAUAAGAAGUACAAUUACUACAGCAUGCCACCGUCCCUCUUGCGGAGCUUGGUGAGGAGUCAGUGGUCAUCAGAGUGUCGAGGCCAUGUUUUGAGGACUGAGGAUAGGAAGGCGGUGGAAGACAGCUCUCCAAGGAUAGAAAUAGAAAGUGACACGCUCACUUCAGGGGUAUCUUCUGAGACUAAGUCCACUCCUAGAUAUGGACAAUUUUUGCUGGUUCCUCCUGAGCAUCAAGGAGGGUCUUUCUCUGAGGAUGUCGGCUUGAAUUUGUCCUUUUCAAGCGCUCCUGACAAAUACAGGGAAGUCACAUUAGGGGACAAGCUGCAAAGCAGCAUUGAAGCACAGCAAAAUUUGAAGAGGGUCCAUCUCAGUGGAAAAGAGCCAGAAGAUUAUCGAUGGAGUCAGAGUGACUUUGUUACUCAUUUGCCAAGAGAAAAUUCUGAUGGUGUAGUGACUGAUUGUCCUAUAGGUCUCCAGCCAUUGCCACCUCUCUGUGAGAAUGCGACACCCUCAUGUGAUGACAGGGAAGAAACUGAAGGUGGUUAUGUGAACUGGGGAUUCUCUGAAGGUGAUGAAAAAGGGGUUUUGAGGAGGAAAGAAAAGAAGCCACUGUGCAUACAUUCCACCUAUAAUAGUGACUGCAAUUGCAUGGGCAGUCCUCCCAGGCAUGUCCAGAUAGAAGAAUCACAGUCUUUCUCCUAUAACUCCAGCAAGUCAAGAUACAGCAGUGAUGUCUGUCAGAACAAGCUGAAACGCAGCACCUCCUUCUGGAUCAGCCCACUCUGGAGGGACUGGAGUUUCUGCAGGAGCAACAGCUUGCAGUCCCAUAGGGAAGAGGAAAGAGAGAAAACCUGCAAGGCCAGAGGUGACUCCUCACUAUCUAGUGAGCUAUGCCACAGUGAGGCGACAAAAGCAAAACAACAAAACAGAUACAGAACGUCUCCGAGGGAAAAGAAGCAGCAAAAACUCCUUCAGGUGCCGGUGAUUACAGUGGAUGAUUGUCCCCAGAACACCCAAGUGAGUUCAGAACCUGUGGAGAGCAACGUCUGGAGUGAAGAAGAGAAACACAGCAAGAACUGGCUCACUGUGUCUAAUUUCAGCCAGCUAAGUUUGGAACGUCUCAGUUACAUGCACCAAAAAUUGAAAAAUCAAGAAGUUGAUAGGCAUACCAUACCAGUCUGUGAUUACCUGAGGCGUUCUCGAGAGGAUUGGAGUCAUAGCAUGUUUGGAAACACCCAGAAAAAUAAUCUGAACAGGAACUCCUUGUUAAGAAGUUCAGAGGGAACCAACAAUAUCUUUGCCUGCUUGAAAACAUCUCAAGAUCUGCAUCAUCAUUACUCAGCUGUUGAAAGAAACAACUUAAUGAGACUUGCUCACACCAUACCAUUUACACCAGUCCAGCUCUUUGCCGGAGAAGAAGUGACGGUCUAUCGGCUAGAAGAGAGUUCGCCUGUGAACCUCGACAAAAGCAUAUCGUCUUGGUCCCAGCGUGGUAUGGCUGCAAUGAUCCAAGUCUUAUCACGGGAGGAGAUGGAUGGGGGUCUGCGGAGAGCCAUGAAAGUCAUUUGUACUUGGUCUGAGAAUGAUGUAUUAAAGUUGGGACAAGUCUUCAUUGUGAAGUCUUUUCUGCCAGAGGUGGUUCAGACCUGGCAAAAGAUCUUUCACGAUGGCACAGUGCUACAUCUCUGCCUGAAGGAGAUACAACAGCAAAGGGCUGCCCAGAAGUUAAUCUAUACCUUCAAUCAAGUGAAGCCUCAUACUAUUCCAUAUACUCCAAGGUUCCUGGAAGUUUUCCUCAUCUACUGCCAUUCAGUCAACCAGUGGCUGACCAUUGAGAAGUACAUGACUGGCGAGUUUCGGAAAUACAACAACAACAAUGGAGAUGAGAUCUCUCCCAGCAGCUUGCUGGAAGAGUUGAUGCUGGCCUUCUCCCAUUGGACCUAUGUGUAUACCCGUGGGGAGCUCCUUGUCCUGGAUUUGCAAGGUGUUGGGGAAAACCUUACUGAUCCAUCUGUGAUUAAACCUGAAGACAAGAAAUCUGGAAAAAUGGUAUUUGGACCAGCAAACCUAGGAGAAAAUGCAAUAAGAAACUUCAUUGCAAAGCACCGUUGUAACUCUUGCUGCAGGAAGCUGAAACUUCCUGAUUUGAGGAGAAAUGACUACAUGCUGGAAAGGCUCAGUCCAGCCUUCGAAGGAGAAACAGAGACAGGAGGAGCUGACAGCGUGGACGAGCCCUUGGAGUAUGACACGCGGUUGUGAAUGGAGCCCACAUACUUGCACGCUCAAAAACUGUCCCCUUAUCAUGGCUGAGGGUCAAUCUGAAAGAAAAAAAUGUAGACGUCUGUGUGCAGCUUCUUGCUGCCCUCUACGUACUGUAUGGGCAAGGAGUCAAAAGCAUCUCUGUAGUUAUCCCUCUCCCGUCCGCUCGGGCUGGUCCUGCUGGUACUGUUCAGUAAACUGCCGGGAGCACGUCAGCCCUUGGCAGGAUGAACUGUUCCAUCAGUGCCUUUUUUGGGGAAAUGUGGUUAAUGAUGCCAAAGUGUGUGUGCUUGCUUAAAAAAAUGACUGCAACCAACAUAUUUCCAUGGAGGAAUGAUUUGAUGUUUUUCUGUCUGCUCUGUAGUAAAAACUACAUGUAUACACAUGUAUAAACCAUUCAUUUUCAGAUGCAGAGCCCACUCAACCCCGUGCUCAUUUUUGUCCUGUGCACAGGAGACUCUUCAAGAAAUUGCAGAAAAAUUAUUCUCUCUUUAUUGUUCAUUUUGAUGCAGUGACAAGUCAAGAGUGUAUGAGAAAUCAGUGGUUUAAACAACAGUUAUGGAUAUAGCAGGUAGAUUGCAAAAUUUUAUGGGAGCUUCAUCUUCAAUUGUUUUCACAUACCAAGACUUUAAUAAAGUCGAACAGUGAAGGGUUGGACCCACAAGUAUCACUGGCCUUUCCCGUUUUGAGUUGAUGGAACUGAAAAAUCCACUAUCUUUAAUACAAACAAGAACUAAACAACGAUCUUGAACAUGAUUCUGUUUUUAACCAGGAUCUGGGUUUUUUAAAAUAUUUUGGCUUCAGAAUGUUUUUAGUUCUUUAAGUUGUAAAUUGCAACCAAGAUUUGAAAAUGCACAAAAAAUAGUAUGUUCCACUUAGUACUUAGCUGCUUAUUGUCAAUGUCAGGCUAUACACAGGAUUUUUUUCUACCAGUGGUGCAGUUAGAUGCAGAUGCUGCAAAAGUAUCCACAUGUUUCUAUUGAUAUCCUGUGAUUUCAGUAGAACCUCUCAAUAUAGAAAAAUCUAGUAUGUGCGAUUUGCUUUGUAGAAUCAGGAUCUAAAGGAACUGCUCAGCAUAAAUAUCUCUAAUACAACUUACAUUGUAUUAGAGAUCACUUUUAUCAUUAAUGAAAAUUUGUACUUUUGUAUUAACAGGAGAAAUACUUAAUCUUGAAAUAUAAGUCAUCAGAAAAUUUUACACUUGAAUACAAAACAAAAUCAUAUUUCCAUCACAACUGAUAGUAAGUACAUUGUUGUGUAAGGGGACUACUUGUGAUGAUUUAUCAUUCAUUUGGUAUAUUUAGAAAAUGUGUAUGUAUACAUAAGAAUUAGAGAUUACAUGUUCCCGGUUUUUGUAUUCAUUAUGAUAUUAUGACACUGACAUAAGCUGUAUGUUUGCCUCAGAUGCCUUCAGUUUGUGAGAGCAUCCUGAAGACAUACUUUUGCUUUUUUCUUAUCAUUUUGGUAAGAUUAUUUUUAUGGAAAAUAAUGCCUCGCUUGUAUUAAUUUGUACUCAUUUUGCAAAAAUGACCCCCCCCCCUUUUUUUUUUUUGAAGCCGUUCAACAUAUUGGCAAGCUUUUGCUUGUCUGUGAAAGUGAUUAAUUGCAUCUCUGCAUAAUGGUGGUGGAUUUUGAUCCCUUUGCUGAUAAGAUAGUGGAUCUACUUCCAAUGAUUAUUCUUUUAAAAUUUGCCUUUAGGAAGAGACCUACUUAGUGCUGUCCUUUAAAGAACAAACUUUCUCUGGAAGUUAUCUAACUUUUAGCAUGCCUUUAAAUUCACUUAAGUUAUAUGAGACUUCAGUAUGCCUUUAAAGUUAAGGACUAUUUAAGUCUUAUCCUGAUAGUGUUGUUUUCCUCACUCAUUGCCAUAAAUUCUUGCAUCAAAAGAAUGGAAUUAUGCACACUUACGUAUUAGACACAAAAAAUAAGCCCCACAGCAGUUUGGGCUUAAGCACCUUUUGUUUCUUUUUGUGUUUCAAAGAUAUUACUAAAUCAUACUUUAGAUUACCUUUUCUUAACAAACAUCCUGUUGCCUUCGAGAGCGAGUGGCUUCUGAAUUCAUAACAAUGCUUGUAAGAACUGCUAUGGUGUUUCAGGUUCAUCUUAUCCCUUUUUAUAAUGUUCCCAUCCAUGUACAUACUGCCCUCACUUCAAUUUAGGGGUUCUCACAAAAUGACUGUCCAUUAUAAAAUACAACUUAUAAAACAUGUUUUAUGUCUAACUUUGCUCAGUGUCAAGUAUUAAUGCAGUGAACCAAGAAAAGAAUGCAUUUGAAAUUGUUCCGUUGUAUACUUGUAGCAGCGCAUUAAUUUUUCCAUACAUGGAGACUAAGCAGAAAAAUUCCAGUGAUUCUGGGUGCUAAUUAAUUUUUCCUCACCUUAUUUUUUCACUUUUUUGGAAGGCCUGCUUUACACUUCACUAAACUGUAAGUUUGGGUAAUUUGUUUAAAAAUCCUUUUUACUCCUACCUUUGUCAUAGUUCAGUACUAAAUAGUAAUGAAAAUAAUUUGAAAAGGUUUAUUUUCUUUUUCUUUUGAGUCCUUGGUGUCUUUCUUGCUCCAGAUUCUAUACUCUUUUUAAAUUGUCUUUUGAUGUCUAAAUGCUGACCACAGAUUGAAGCCUUGGCAUGCUGAAAAAAUGAAAAAAAAAACAAAAACAAAAAACAGUGGCCCUUAGUGGGAAGAGCAGUAAGCCUCGUAUUAAAACCACAGUGCAUGUGGAAAGAGAUUUGCAGGAUAGGGCUCAGCUGCUGCAUGCUUGUUCCAUGACAAGAAAUGUGGAAGAGAAAAUCCUACAUGUCAAACCUUAGUUUUCUGAAAAUUAGUUUCAGUAUUUGUUUUUGCUUGAAAGCACGUUUUGGAUUUUUUUAAUUUAUUCUUCUGAUGGAUUCAGAAUAAGCCCUGCUUACUUCGUUGAAAAAAGUGAGGCAGUAGGUGAUGUAGAAGCUCUGAAAAAAAAUUGAAACCAAAGAACUUGUAAACUCACAUUUUAAUGUGAACUUAAAAGAAGCUUAUUUAAGAAUUCAGCUGAGAUUGCUCAAAACAAAACGUGAAUUUGGCAGCUAUCGUGUUGGAGAUUUAGCUUAAACAUAUAACAAAUAUUCAGACAUUGCAAACCUUAUUCUCAGGAAGGCUUCUUUCAUUUUGUCAGUUGUGGCAUUUUCAGGGUGACUUAAUUGUUGGUACAGUAAACACAGAAGGGAUAUUAGAUGUCUAUUUUCUAGAAAUGGAUUUGUAUUUGAUGUACUUUUGUCAAUCUAUUUCAUCCUGUUUCAAAAGAAUAAAAAUGUAUUUUCAAAAA